AUAGUUCGUGUUGGAAAGCACUGGCACAGAACCAUGAUUUGAAGUGUGAUUGUCGAGAAUCGUCUUGGCAGAAACAUGCCAUGGAGGUGGUUGUUCGCAACCAGGGUCCUUCGAGAAGUCCCAGCGUGAUACAUCAGUACCAGAAGACCUCGAUUUUAUCUUGAAAGCUGGCUCGUGGAGAAGAUACCAAGUCUAUGAUCGACGUAAUUUUGUAUACCAACCGUUCGCCGGACAGUCACCGUGAACGGAUUUUCAAGAUUGUCUUCAUCCCAGGUUGCGCAGGUGGCGUCGCAACCCUCGUCAGCAUCGUACCGUUGAUCGUCACAAUAUGGGUGUCACCAUGCUACAGCGAAAACCCUGCAGAUGCGAGAAUCAGAUUUGGAAGUUUCCAAGGUUGCCAUCGUAUUGUAUCGAGAUAUACAGCCUAUCACGAUCUCCAUAGAUAUGUGCCCCCACCUCCCAACAGACGUGGAGAACCAGUAUCGAUGUGUUCGCGCGCGCAAGAUGUGUUUGUAUUUCCGGCGCUUAUCAGGAUCGCAACCAUACUUCCUAGAGCCCUCAACAUAAUCAGUGCGAUGGUGUCGCAGAUCAGUCAAACCCCUACAACUGUACUGAGGAAAGGCAUGGUUGCGCGUGGUACCUAGUGGUGGCGCAGUCUAGAUUGGUCAAGAAGGAUUGAUUGUUGGUUUUGACUGAUGAUUUGAGGGGAUGAAUAGUUCUGACGCGCUAUUCCGGCCGCCUCCAGAGCG